GCAACGGGGAGGCUGGGUAGCCCAGAUUCAGCCCAGGGAGACCCAAGGAGGUCCAUGACAUCCUGUCAUGAACAGUGACACAAGGAACUGCACGCUAGGGCACAUCUGGGCGGGGCUCUGUCCACAACUGGUCUGCACCUGGUCUCAUCCUGGCUUCACAGGUACUUAGAAGAACAUGUAGUAGAGUUUUUCAUCAAGCAAAUGGAACAUACCACAGAACUUUGCUAAGAUGGACAACUCCACCCGCAAAGACCAACACCCUGACAAAAAAUAUUCCAGCCAUGCCAGCAAAUUACAGAAAGGUUUUACUGCUGCAUAUCCAACACAAUCCUCCAUUCCUUUUAAAAUCCGGAAUUCAACAAUUCCAGAAUCAGAAAAAAAGGGAUUCAAUAGUCAAGCCAAGAGAUUUUAUUAUAAAAAGGAUAGCAUCCCAGGUCCGGGGUUCUACGACGUCAUUCACCAAUCUCCAGUGUUCAACAGUGCCUCGUUGUCUAAGAAAGGGACGUGCGCUUUUCCCUCUAUGCGCGCCCGGUUGGACACCAUUAUUUCUAAAUACCCUGCAGCGAACACAUACACUAUCCCAUCACGUCUUGUCUCGAAGAAAGACUUUAGUAAUUCCUGUUCCAGCAUGUUCCAGUUGCCAAGCUUUGCAAAAGUCCUCAAAUUUGAAACUCCUGCACCAAACCAGUACAAUACCUGUGUCUCUUACUGCAAGCAGAGAAACAACGUCUGUGCCCAAGCCGGGUUUCUGUCCAGAACCCAGAGAGGAUUUUUCAGGGUCACUGAAACGGGACCUGCCCCAGGACAUUAUAAUAUCAACGAAUCCCUUGUGAAGCAGUCGCCAAAGGUAUUAAUGUCUUGUUUUAAAUCAAAAACUGAACGUGGAUUAAAACUGACAUCAACGGGCCCAGGACCUGGUUAUUACAACCCCAAUGAUCACACCAAGAUUCUGAAAAAGACUCUUAUCCCGAGAAACCCCAUCCUGAACUUCUCUGCACAGCCUUUGCCCCUGCCCCCGAAGCCGCCCCUCCCGGGCCCUGGGCAGUAUGAGAUCGUGGACUACGCAGGGCCCCCCAAACACUUCAUCUCCAGUGCGUCGUUUGUGUCCAACACCAGCCGGUGGACAGCAGCCCCGUCCCAGGCAGGCCUGCCAGGCCCAGCCACGUACAGGCCGGAAUUCCCUGGAAAGCAGUCCUUUCUCUACAACGAGGACAACAAAUGGAUCCCGGUGUUGUAGGACCCUCACACAAGCUCAGGGAGGACCCUGGCCACCAGCUGCCCCACCCAGGAUCCCUGGGACAUUCAUUCAGAGAAUGUCCGUUUCGCGUAGAGCUCCCUGUGGGCAGCUCUGCACC